AUAAUCAUUUUGCUAAGUAUACUCUAUUUCUCACUUUUAGGUGUUAGAAAAUUUGUCCUCCUAACUUGGUCGACACUUUAUGUGCGUUGGUCGAGAAUUCGAGAUUAAUUGUUGUUGAACUUCUACACGAUUUCAUGUUUUAAUAAAGUUCAACAGUUAAUUUAUAAUUUAACGAUCUAAAUUACACAAUAAAAUAAUCUCAAUCAUUAAUCUAAAUUGACCGGUUGAAGGUUUGUCAUGUAAUUAUAUCAGAAAAUCCAAUUUUCUAUUGUAACCCUUGAGUUGAGAUCACAAAAUAUUUCAUCAUAAGCACAUGGGUGUAUCAAAGGGAGUAAAAGAAGGGUCCUAAAAUUAAACACAUAAACAAAGAAAAACACUUUUAUUUUUCACAGAAAAAAAAAAUGGAAUUAUUUUAUCUUCUAUGCUCUAUAGUCUACACUUCCAUCACCACUCUUAUUCUAUCCCUUUUCAUUCCCUUUCACGCGCUGCUGCGCCGUUUAGUACUCUCACGCGCCGCUUCUUCCUCUUCCAGUGAAGGAGCUCAAUCCAUAUCACUCUACGAAGGUACAGUCUACCAUCAGCGCCGCCACCCCGUUCACCACUCCUUUCAAUACCAAGUUCGCUACGCGCUUAUUGAUCUCGACCGUGCACCUCACGCGCCACCCAAUCAUCUUUCUCCUGAUGAAGCUCGCCGAAUUAGUGAUACCAAUGGACCCAUUUUGCUUUUGACAAUUCCACCUAGUGUUGGAUAUGAGCAGAAUCCAUUGAGUGUAUAUUAUUGCUAUGAUGUUGAAGAUUCUGCUACACGUUUGAAGAAAUGCAUUGCUGAGGUAACAAAUACACCAUGGGCUGAAAGAGUAACAUUUAUAUUCGAUCCCCAUUCUGAUCUAGUGGCCAAAGCUUUGCAUGUCAGUCCUUUCAUGGAUAUGCUUGGGAGUUGGAAUAUCAAAGCAAGUGAGCCUGGAGAGAAUCUAAGCAUAUCAAUUUCAGUUCAUCACCCUGAGUUUCAAAACUAUUUUACUGCUAGUCUGAAAGCUAAAAAGUUGUGCUCGUCAUCAACGACAGAUCAUGCAGUUUUCUUUUGGUUGAUGCCUCAUAAAGUUGCCAUAUGGAUAUAUUGGCAUGCUGUAAAACUGUGGUGGAAAAAUGUGCAAUUUAUACAGCAUCCUAGAUAUACCGCUCCAACAUACAGGGACGACGCUUUAGUACGAGAUAGAAAAUUGCAAUGCUGUGGAUUGAGUGAUUAUAAUUUGCAUGUACAACAAAGAGGAAGCAACAAGGAUUGUUUAGCUGAAACAAGUCCUAGAGACAGGUGGUUCAGAUGGAUUGAUGCUAAAUGGCCAUGGUCAUAGAAAAUACAAGCAUUUGAGUGUGUGCAAAUAUUUAAAAUGUAUUCCACUUGAUUUGUUUAUACCAGCAAAUAGUUGUAACAAACAUUCCCAAAUGGGUAAUAAUGAUAAACAUGUAGGUUUACCAUUUAUUGUUUACCAUCACUUGGCUUGAGAUAUGCCAUUAUUUCCCUGUUUUUUUUAGAUUUCUUAGUUCCUUUUGUCCUUUGAGCUGGUUAACUAACAUUAAAUUUGAAAUAAAUCUACCUGUAUAUAAUAAAUAUUUGAGUA